AUGGCGACGAGUGAUGAAAGAAAUGAUAUCAGAAGACUGAAACAUAAAAGAGGAGCACUAAAAGGCCAGAUUACAAGAACUCUACACCUAUUAAAAAGCAAGGGUUCAUCAGUCAAUGAUGCUCCUGGCAGAUUAAAUGUAGCAGAGGAAGCUUGGCAUAAAUUCAUCUCACUACACGAAGAUAUUUUACAAAUAGAAGAUGAAGAUGAUUUUGAACAAGAAGAAGAUUACAGGGCUGAUGUAGAAGAGGUAUAUUUAGAGAUAAGAGCAUUGUUACAGCCAUUCUUUAUACCGAACAAAUCUACAGAUGAACACACAACUUCUAUAUCAGUUGCACACGAUAGCCAUGUACCUAACAUUAACUUUACACCUUACACAGAGAACGAGACAUUUAAAAACUUUUUGAUGAGACUUGAAAACUAUUUUCAGUUAAAGAAAAUUACAGAUGAAAAGACCAAGACAUGUUUGUUUGUCAGUACACUUUCUCCAGAGAUGCACCAAACAUUGUGUGAUACAUUAGCUCCUGAGUUACCAGGUGACAAAACCUUCAAUGAACUCACAGAAUCUUUGAAAAAUUGUCUUGAGCCUUCACCUAGCAUACUAGCUAACCAACAUAAAUUUGUUUGCAAGGUUCAAGAACCUGGAGAGAACAUAGCCGUAUAUGCCAGAGAACUUAAACGGUUAGCAACGGACUGUGAUUUUUAUUGUUAUAACUGUGAAAGUACGGUAAGUGAUAUGUUCUUAAAAAUGCAGUUCAUACGGGGGUUAAAAGACAAUGAAAUUAGAAUUAGACUUCUUCCAGAAAAAGAUGGUAAAAUUUCUUACAACGAAGUGGUACAAACUGCGAUUUCCAUAGAACAAUCUAAAUCUGAAAGUUAUGAGAUUAACCGGAGAGAUGGAAAUACAAUGCUAAAAGAAACUGCAAACAUUAACCGCCUACAAUCUGGAUACAAAGACAAACAAAGUCAAUUUAAGGGAAACAAACCCAUAGUUUCAUUUGAAGAUUUAAGAGGCAAGUGUUACAGGUGUGGCAGUGAACAGCACAAGGCUAAUUUAUGCAGAUUUAAGAACGAAUUCUGUAGGAAAUGUAAUAAGAUUGGACAUAUUUCAAGGGUUUGCUUAUCUAGAAGUGGAACUGAUGUAAGAACUGGGAAAAACAAGGAAUUGAAAUCAAACUUAAUUGAUAUUGAGGACAACCAUUCAUCGAUCCACGAGGUUUAUACAAUGGGAUCAACUUCAUCUGGAAGUGAUAAGUUUUUAAUAGAUGUGGACAUUGAGGGAAAGAAGCUGAAGAUGGAACUUGAUACAGGAGCAGCGUUAAGCUCAAUAUCUUACAGCGAUUUUCAAUCACUACAUGUAAAUAAACGUCUUUUCAAAACCGCUGUUGAAAUGAAAACAUAUACUGGUGAAAUCAUCAAGCCUCUUGGAGUUUGUUUUGUCGAUUGUAAAUACAGAGAUUUUAAUUUCUAUGGAAAGUUGUAUGUCCUGAGACAAAAGGUUGAGCCAAUAUUUGGAAGAGAGUGGCUGAGAGAAGUAAAAAUGGAUUGGGCAGAUAUCAAAGUGGUUGAAAGUGAUUGUUCAGAAAAAUUGGACAAACUAUUGACAGAGUUUCAAGAAAUUUUCACUCCUGGAAUCGGAAAAAUUACAUCAGAACAAGGUCACAUAGAGUUAAAAGAAGGAGCUAGACCUAUUUUUAUCAAACCUCGACAAGUUCCUUACGCAUUGAAGAAAUCAGUUGAAGAAGAACUAAAUAGACUGGAGAGUAAUGGAAUAAUAUCAAAAGUUGAAAAUUCAAAAUGGGGAACUCCUAUUGUUCCAGUAAGAAAGGCAAAUGGAAACGUAAGAAUUUUUGCUGACUACAAAGUGACGGCAAACAAACUUAUAUGUGACGACAAAUACCCAAUCCCGCGAAUUGAAGAUAUUUUUUCUAACAUGAAUAAAGGUCGAUAUUUCUGCACAUUAGACAUAAGUAAUGCUUAUCUACACCUUCCGAUGGACGAAGAAUCUAGAGAAAUACAGACCAUAAGUACACAUCUGGGACUUUAUAGAGUAAAUCGAAUGAUGUUUGGCAUAAAAGUUGCACCAAGUAUUUGGCAACGGUUUAUGGAUAAGGUUCUCCACGGUCUGGAAGAAGUAUCAAAUGUAUGUGACGACCAUGAACGGUAUCUAAUAAAUCAAGUAGAGAUGAUGCCUGUAUCAAGAAGACAAAUUGAAGAAGAAACACAAAAGGACGAGGAACUUAAAAAGAGCUACACACGUGACCACAGACCAUCAGACCACACCUGUGAUCAGAUGUUGACGAAAUUCGGGACGACAGACUCAGUGUAUGCGAUGGCGGGUUCCACAGUGCAUUUGGCGGGAACAGGGCAGCAGAAUAGAAAAGCAGACGACAGACUAUGGGGUGGCGAUGGCAGGUUCCACAGUGCAUUUGGCGGGAACAGGGCAGCAGAAUAG